CUUCUCUCCUCUAUGAUCAACAUCCUCUCUGUUGCUCCAUGUGUUGACUCUUUUCAAUUGAAUAGCAAGCUUCUGUAAUAUAAUCUAUCAUGGAUGUUCAUCAUAUAACCACUUCGCCCAAGAUUCUCUUCAGUAAGGUACGCAAGAUUGUGCCGCCUAUGCUGGAGAAAUUCCACAAAGGCCAGCAUGGACGGGUUGCCGUUAUUGGAGGAUCACUAGAUUACACAGGAGCUCCAUAUUUCUCUUCCAUGGCUUCGGCACGACUAGGCUGCGAUAUGAGUCAUGUUAUUUGUGAACGAUCUGCAGCUACUGUUAUCAAGUCUUAUUCCCCGAACCUAAUGGUUCAUCCUUUACUACCAAGUAGCGAGUCUGUAAAGGACCCCAGUUCGAUUGAUGCGCUUAAGCUUGCUAGCCCCAUCGUGGCAAUGCUAUCUCGCCUCCAUGCCCUAGUAGUGGGACCGGGAUUGGGCCGUGACGGGGUUACGCUGAAAGUGGUCACAGAGGUCUUGAAGGAGGCGCGGUCCCGCUCAAUACCGUUUGUCUUAGAUGCCGACGGACUGCUGCUUGUCACAGAGCAACCGGAUCUUGUUAAAGGAUACAAGGAAUGCAUAUUGACGCCUAACGUUAACGAGUUCAGCCGGUUGGCCAAGGCGUUGAAUAUCGAGGUUCCCAGCAUGGCGCAGAUCGAGUCAGAUGGCGGUGACAAGACCAGUCGAGAAACCGAAGCCUGUGAGAAGUUGUCGCAAGCUCUUGGUGGUGUGACGAUAAUCCAGAAGGGACCGCACGAUGUGAUCUCAAACGGUGUAACGAGCAUCGUCAACGAUAUCGUCGGAGGAUUGAAGCGCAGUGGAGGCCAGGGAGACACGCUCACUGGAUCGUUGGGCACGCUGCUGGCCUGGCGAGCGGCUUAUCAUAACGGACUUUGGGAUUCCGGUGAAAAAGAUAACCAAAAGGAGGCGCAAAGUAAGCAGGACAUUCAGGCGGAGCUUGAGUCAUCGGACAAGAGAAUGUCCCCUGCCACAACCUUGUUGCUUGCAGCCUGGGCAGGCAGCGGGAUUACAAGAGAGUGCUCUCGCCGCGCUUUUGAGGCGAAGGGCAGGAGCAUGCAGGCCAGUGACCUCACUGAUGAGGUUCAUGAGAGUUUUCUGGAGUUGAUCGGUGAGCCGGAACAAUCGAAGAUGCAUCUGUAGAUUUUCUUCAUGUCUCGCGAUAGAUGAUUCACGCUAGCCAUUCAUGUCGGUUGCCUUCUAUAAACCACAAGUUUAGAGUUUAGAGUAUCGUAAUUUAGCUUCUUGCCUUGGUUUUGCAGUCUUCACGUAAGAACCCUCUCGCCUAGAACCACUAUAAAUAGUACAUUCAUCAACGACGGCCAAUGGAGACAAGAGGCAGUCAGGUGAGCACAGCAUUGAGAGACAAACCAUUGACACGAUCUAUCAUGUACAUAGAAAAGAAGGAGUCAUUGACUCAGGUUCCUCGCUAUGAACUCGCCACCAUUCGCCAUGUUCCAGGAUGGCACCUCGCUGGUAUACGAGAACGGCAGCAACGAACAUGUCUAGCGAACCUAACAUCCCAUGCGGAAAUGACAGCCUCUUAUAUCGACCCAACCAC